AUGGCUGCUCUCCGUGCCUCCUCCCGCCUGGGUUGCACCGGCCUCCGGGCGCCCCUGCCCUCGCGCAGGGUCCUGGUGUGCCGCGCCGAGAACAAGGCCCAGGUGAUCCAGCCCCUCAACGGCGACCCCUUCGUCAGCAUGCUGGAGACCCCCGUGACCUCGUCGCCCCUGGUGGUGUCGUACCUGUCCAGCCUGCCCGCCUACCGCACCGGCGUCUCGCCGCUGCUGCGCGGCGUUGAGAUCGGCCUGGCCCACGGCUUCUUCCUGCCCGGCCCCUUCAUCAAGCUGGGCCCGCUCCGCGCCGUCGAGGGCGUCGCCGAGAUCGCCGGCAGCCUGUCCGCCGCCGGCCUGGUCGGCAUCCUGGCGCUGUGCCUCGCCCUCUACGGCGGCGCCCAGUUCCAGAGCCAGCCCCCGCUGGGCGUGAAGACCCUGUCGGGCCGCGCCGUGCAGAGGGACUCCCUGCAGACCGCGGAGGGGUGGAGCGGCUUCACCGCGGGCUGGCUGGUUGGCGGCCUGUCGGGCGUCGCGUGGGCCUACAUCCUGACCCAGAUCCUGCCCUACUACAGCUGA